GCUGAGCACACACCGCAGGCAUUGUUGUCCAUUUUUCAUUUACAUUCGGGUACAGGAGAGAUUUCCCUGGUUGGGUCGUUAGAUUAUGAAAGCAAUCCAAUACAUGAAAUCGAUAUUACUGCAAAAGAUAAAGGAGUUCCUGCGAUGGAGGGCCACUGUCGUGUACAAGUUGUGUUAAUAGACAUUAAUGACAAUGCCCCAGAGAUAGUGCUCACUUCAAACCCAAACCCAGUGCGUGAGGAUGCCCCAAGAGGCACAGUUGUAGCCUUAAUCAGUGCCCGAGACCUUGACUCUGGUGAUAACGGUAAAGUGACGUUAAGUGUUGCUAAAGGUUCGCCCUUCAGUUUAAAACCAUCAUUUUCUAAUAACUACGCACUGGUUACCAGUAGUUUAUUAGACAGAGAACGCUUCUCGGAGUAUAAUAUUGAGAUAACAGCCACUGAUUCAGGUUCUCCUCCUCUGUCCAGUAAGAAAAUGAUACCUGUCAGCAUCACUGAUGUGAAUGACAACCCUCCUAUAUUCACUCAGUCCUCCUAUAAUGUGUAUUUAAAAGAGAAUGGGGUCCCAGGCUCUAUACUGUACUCAGUAUCAGCGUCUGACCUGGAUUUCGGUGAAAACGCUAAAAUCUCUUACUCUAUACUGGACUCUAAAGUGCAGGACGUUUCUGUCUCUUCUUAUGUUUACAUUAACUCAGAUAACGGCAGCAUCUACAGCAUGCACUCGUUUGACUAUGAGAAACUGAAGGUGUUUCAGAUUCAGGUUCAGGCAAAGGAUCAGGGCUCCCCGUCUCUCAGCAGCAACGCCACUGUCCAUGUUUUUAUCCUGGACCAGAACGACAACGCCCCCGCUGUUAUUUACCCCUCCUCCGCCAUGGGCUCCCUCUCUCAUCAGAGGAUGCCCCGCUCCGCUAAAGCGGGUCACCUGGUUACCAAGGUGACGGCCGUGGACGCUGACUCGGGCCAUAACGCCUGGAUCUCCUACAAAGUGGCGGAGGCCACAGACGCCUCUCUGUUCACUGUCAAUCUGUACACAGGGGAGGUGAGGACUAAACGCGCUGUGUCCGAGCAGGACGACUCCUCUCAGAGGCUGCUCAUAGAGAUCAGGGACGACGGGGAACCGGUCCAGUCCUCCACCGCCACGGUGUCCAUCCUACUGGAGGACGGCCUCCACGAGCCCAUCUUAGACCUCCGACAUAAAGUGGCCGAGCCGAGCAAGAAAACUGGCAGAAUCACCCUUUAU